AUGAGUUUUCAACUAGAAAUUGUUCUGUUUUGUGCAUCCCUUCUAGUGGUAACUGUAAUUGCCCGUCCUCAAGUUUGGGAUAUUGGCUAUAAUCCAAAUCGUGAAUAUGAUCCGAUACCAGCACAAGCGAUCUCUGAUAACAACGCUGCAAUUGUAGAAACUCAGCCAAUCACUUCAACAACUGUAGCAGCUCAAGGUAAUCAGGAUGCCACAAGUCCAACACCAGUACCUCCACCAGUUCCAGUUGCGAAUCCUUUCCAGGAUUAUUUUGACUGUAUUUCUAAAUGUCCAACGACGGCCCAGUAUGAUCCAAUUUGUGGCAGUGAUUCCGUAAACUAUCACAAUUUGGGCCGUUUGAAUUGUGCAGCCGGGUGUGGAGUUGAGGUGACAAUGGUACGAAGUGGAACCUGCACCACGGGCUAG